ACAGUCUGCCUUAAACCGAAUACCAGCGAUCCUACCUGGACAAUCUCCAAGCUUCGGUUUGUCGUUGUUUUGUUUUGCCUUGUCUUCGAUCCUGCUCUCUAUUUUCUUUCGACCACCGGCUGGCCUUGUUUCUGAACAAUUCUUGGAUACAAUGCCUGGACCAAGCACCAUCGCUGCGCGAUGCGUUGCUAUGAGCUCCGCCAUUGCGCAGAUUAUACUCGAUGCCUCCAACUUUGCGCGACAACUGCGCGAUUCACGACAUUACAUCAACGCCGUCAAUGCCGAUCUUCUCGCUAUCAAGCUGUCCUUAGAUAUCGCACGCGACGAUUUCUCUGCCAAAGACACUCCGUUCCCUCCUCUGCUUAUCGAAACUGCCUCCGGAUUCCUGGACUGUUGUCACACAUCAAUAACAGAGCUGCACAAACCCCUCAUACGGCUUUCAGCUGGUGGCACGCGGGGAGAAACAUGGCACAUAUUCGAGGCAGGAGGACUUCAAUGCAUACGGCAGGAUCUGGAGGCUCUAAGAUCGGCACUAGAUCUCAUGCUGGAUGUCGUCGCGCUCUUGCGAGGCGACAGUGAUCAACAAGCCGCUACUCCGCCAGCGAAGAGGCUACGCCUAGAUGGAAGCUCUUCCAGCCCCGAGAAUUCGGCACUGAGAAGAAUAGACGUAGAGCGCGAACACAUAGAAUCACUAACCGAAGGGCGACACCCUGGACUAUGUAACUCUUUCGACAAGCUAAGAGCAUGCACCAAGUUCAUCUUGGAAGAGCCAUCCUUCGACGACGAAAUCAAACGAUCAGACUCUCGAUCAGACUCCCUGGAACCUGAAGCAGGUGAUCAGCCACGCUCCACCAAAGAGGCUCCUCCGCCCCUACCUUCAACUGUCGAGUCCUCUGGGAUAGGAGCGUGGAUCUCAAACGUUCUCUCGCAGAAGCUUCUCUCACCUACGCUCCCGCCAGACGCACUUACGCUCUCUGAUCCGCGUUCAAGUCAGAUAGGGAAAAGCCCAGUCAGGAGUCGACCGGGAAGCCGAGAACGAAAAGAGAGCACGCAUUCCCGAGAAACUUUUUAUGCCGAAAGCACUACCUCAGGCACUCAAACCCACUCUUCAGGCCAAGCAAGUCGCACCAAGGAUAUUACUCACACGCGCGCCGAUUCAUUCCAAAUGAUGAGCCAGCCGUCCCCAUACCCAACAGAAACCUCUAAAUCGCAAUCAAGACUCAAUCGACUAACUCAAUAUACCACCACAACUGAAGUUUCUAUUAUCCAUCAGAAUCUCACCAACGAUAAGAUCGCCAUCGCGAAAGACGUGCGGAACCAACUUUCUCGAAUCCAGCGCCUCACAAUCGACCGCAAACUCCGCGAUAUUCCACGCACCUUAACGGCCGUAAGCGUUGAGCGUAUAUUUUUCGAAGGCGCAAACCCGAACGUGAAGCACCCGGAGUUCGGAACGUUAGCAAUACGAGCCGCAUACGAAUUUUCCACCGACAUCCUCCAAACACUUGUAGAUUACGGUGCAGACUGCACUAGAAUCGCGCGGAAUAAGUAUUACUCGACGCUUCACGCUGCCGUGCUAGGGCUCCAACUUGAGAACCUUCAAUAUCUCCUUUCGCUCGCAACCGCUUCGCCCCUAUGUCCGCCAUCCCCAGGUAUCGAAUUUCCAGCGGUACCCACAGUCACAGUCACGCCGCCUUCGUCUAUCGUCAUGGCCAUCGACACGCCCAACGAACAUGGUGAAACCCCACUCCAUCUUGCUGCCAAAACACCUGGUGCAUAUCACAUCGCCAAGUGGCUCUUAGAAAUGGGCGCCGAUGUCGAUCGUGAGGCGCCGGGACGGGGCAGCCCGCUGCGGGGGACGGUUAGCCUAGAUAGCCGAGAGCGCAGCGCCAUGGUGGAAUUGCUUAUGGCACAUGGCGCGCGAGCUGAAACGCAGGGUGAGAGUGGGGAGAGGAGAGGGAAGGGUUUAAGCGUGCUGGGUAUAAUAUGA